ACGAAACAUCGCCGUUCAGAUCUCACGAUUUGGGAGGGAGCAAAACGCAAUGACGAUGCUGCUCCUUCUACUCGGAGCCCUAAUCUUAUCCGACGCCGGCUACGUCAGAUCCGACUCCUCGGACCACCGUUACAAGGAAGGAGACAUCGUUCCUCUCUACGCCAACAAGGUCGGCCCAUUUCACAAUCCAAGUGAGACGUAUCGCUAUUUUGAUCUUCCCUUCUGUGUUCCAGAGGGUGUGAAAGAGAAGAAGGAAGCUCUAGGCGAGGUUCUGAACGGUGAUCGUCUCGUUAGCGCACCGUACAAGCUCAACUUCAGAGAUGAAAAGGACUCUGAGGUAUACUGCAAAAAGAAGCUAAGCAAAGAAGAGGUGAAACACUUCCGCAAAGCUGUUGAGAAAGACUACUACUUCCAGAUGUACUACGAUGAUCUCCCUAUCUGGGGAUUCAUCGGCAAGGUUGACAAAGAUAUCAAAUCUGAUCCGAGCGAGUACAAGUAUUUUUUGUAUAAGCACAUCCAGUUUGAGAUUCUGUAUAACAAGGACCGUGUGAUCGAGAUCAGUGCUAGGAUGGAUCCGCAUUCUCUUGUUGAUCUCAGUGAGGAUAAGGAAGUGGAUGCGGAGUUUAUGUAUAGUGUGAAGUGGAAGGAGACCGAGACUCCGUUUGAGAAGAGGAUGGAGAAGUACUCUAUGUCUUCUUCUCUUCCGCAUCACUUGGAGAUCCACUGGUUCUCCAUUAUUAACUCGUGUGUUACUGUCUUGCUUUUGACUGGGUUCCUUGCAACUAUAUUGAUGCGAGUCCUCAAGAACGAUUUCAUGAAGUAUGCUCAAGACGAGGAAGCUGCUGAUGAUCAAGAAGAAACUGGAUGGAAGUACAUUCAUGGUGAUGUGUUUAGGUUCCCAACGCACAACUCUUUGUUUGCCGCUUCACUCGGGAGUGGUACCCAAUUGUUUACACUAACCAUAUUCAUCUUCAUGCUUGCUCUUGUUGGAGUGUUCUACCCAUACAACAGAGGAGCACUCUUUACCGCUUUGGUGGUCAUCUACGCUCUAACUUCAGGAAUCGCCGGAUACACAUCCGCCUCUUUCUACUGCCAACUCGAAGGAAAAAGCUGGGUGAGAAACUUGUUACUCACUGGAUGCCUCUUCUGCGGCCCUUUAUUCCUAACCUUCUGCUUCCUCAACACCGUAGCCAUAACCUACACAGCAACCGCAGCAUUACCCUUUGGAACCAUUGUUGUAAUCGCCCUUAUAUGGACUCUAGUCACAUCGCCUUUGCUCGUGUUAGGUGGCAUCGCCGGUAAAAACAGCAAAGCGGAGUUCCAAGCGCCGUGCCGCACGACCAAAUACCCCCGCGAGAUUCCGCCGCUCCCUUGGUACAGAAGCGCCGUUCCUCAGAUGGCCAUGGCUGGUUUUCUUCCUUUCAGUGCCAUCUACAUCGAGCUUUACUACAUUUUCGCUAGUGUGUGGGGUCACAGGAUCUACACCAUCUACAGCAUCCUCUUCAUCGUGUUCAUCAUCCUCAUCAUCGUCACUGCUUUUAUAACCGUGGCGUUGACUUACUUUCAACUUGCUGCUGAAGAUCACCAGUGGUGGUGGAGAUCAUUCCUUUGCGGUGGAUCUACGGGUUUGUUUAUCUACGCAUACUGCUUAUACUACUACUACGCACGAUCUGACAUGUCUGGUUUCAUGCAAACCUCGUUUUUCUUCGGGUACAUGGCUUGCAUUUGCUACGGAUUCUUCUUAAUGCUCGGGACUGUUGGCUUCCGUGCAGCCCUCCUCUUCGUCCGUCACAUCUACCGAUCGAUCAAAUGCGAGUAAGAAGUCUAUCUUCUUACACUAGUUUCUUCUUCUGCCUCCUUAAGAAUUUUGCUAGAACAAAGAAAGACAAAGAGAUAGGUUGUUAGAACGAAGAGAGAGACACAAUACAUUGUUUGAUUAUAGUCUAAAGAAGCAUCUCUUCUUCUCAUUAAGAGGUUUUACUUUAGGGUGAGUCUCUCGCUUCUAUAUAUAUAUUUUACAGAUUGUAAAAGACGAUCAACACUGCUUCAUUGUAUUGUAUCUAAUAAAAUGUCAGAA